UUUUUUUAUUUUAUUUUUAAAGGAAAGAAAAGCUUAUUAAAACUAUUAUUUUUGAUUUUUAAAUUAUUUUACAAUAAGCAAAAAUAAGAAAAAAGAAGUGAAAAGUUCAAGAAAAUACUGUUAGUGGCAAUGGCAGAUGACCAAAUUACAAAUGCUGUUGCAUUAGCUAUUGAACUCGAAGAAAAAGGACAAACUAAAGAAGCAUAUUUCGCUUUUACAGCAGCAAGUCAAACAGCAAUUCAAUCAUUAAAUGAAAUCAAAUUUGUACAUUCUUCUAUUGUAUCUAGUCCCAAACAAUAUUUAGCACUUUUGUCAUCAAUUAGGACAUGUUUGACACAUGUUGAAAAUAUUAUUGAGCAGCAUUCCCCAACAGCACUUCAACCAGCCAGUAGUCAGACAACGAGCGAUAGUAAACUGUUGUCUCGACCUCCAAAACCCCCAAAACCAUCCAAAAUGCAAAAGCCUACGAUACCACCAAAACCCACUCGAGUGAACUCAAGACCUGCUUCACCAACACAAAAAUCACAGGAGAAUGAAUUGCCGGACAAUUCAUCAGAAAUUACAAUCAUUAGACCACAUGUACACGAAAGUCGACCCACCAGUUUACCACCACAAACUCGCAACGAUCACCCAUUAAAUGUGACCCAUAGACCUCAUACUGAAUAUCCUGUUAAUACGGCUGAUAUGAAUCAUUCCUCUUCUAUUCAUAUAGUAGCCGAAGGUGAAAUUGAUCCUAACUAUCUUGUCCCCGCUCAGACAAGUGCUGGUGAUAGUUUAGCACCUUCUUCUUCAAUUAUGAAUCAUGAUCAUGUUCCUCUUAUCCCAGCACCUCCUCUCCUCACAACACAUCGUGUAUUACAAGCUAAAGUAAAUGACUUGGAAGAAAAGAUUCGAAAUUGCCGAGCUCGUAAACAGGCCAUAGCUAAAGAACAAAAUCCUGACGCAUCGACUGAAGAUAGUCUUGACCAAAUGAUUGCUCAAUACUUACGUGUGCUAGCAGAGUUAAAAGCAACACUGAAUGGUGUUCGUACAACGUAUAUAAGUGCUGCUACUAUCCCUAGUAUCCUUCAAUUUCAAGCUCAUGUCAUUGCCUAUCAAAUCACUUUAAUUGAGGCUGCUAUCUUUAGUGCGAUACCCCCACAUGCUUUACUUGAGCAUUCAUCAAAACAUCCUCACCCUCGUAUUGUUGCUUCUACCGAUUUUUUUAAUUACAUCACACGUAUUAUUGAGCAUAGCAUCUUACUUCCUCAAGAGGCUUCAGCACGAGCUCAAAUUAUUCAUUAUUGGAUUAAAGUCGCUUCACGCUGUUUUGACAUUAAUAAUUAUCAAACAUUGAAAGCAAUCAUUUCAGCUCUAAGCACACCACCUGUACAACGAUUACGACGUACUUGGGCCUAUGUUCCUAAAAAGAGUUUUACAAAGCUUGAAACACUAAAUGACCUUAUGUCAGAGGGUAAUAAUUAUGGGAAUUAUCGAGAACAUAUGGGCAUGGUGAGUACAGCUGUAGUAAACGGUAAAAGUGUGCAGCUUAUUCGAGACGAGCAUUUUGCACGCCCUACGGUGCCCUUUUUGGGCACCUUCAUUCAUGAUAUUACCUAUCUUUUGGCUGCCUUUAAAUCAUCUCCAAAUGCAGCAACCAUGAAUUCAGCGGAUGAACCACGUAUUCACGAUGUUCUUCAUACAAUGCAUCAAUUCCAAAGUGGACCCCGUUAUACACCUACUUUACCCCCCGCUUUUCUCAAAUCUUCACAGAAGCAUCAUUUUAGACCUUCUCUUUCAAAUGCAUUACAUCGCGGAGCCUCACGUAUUCAGAGAUUCAGUGGUGGUAGUCUCUUUGGCAGCAGCUUUGACUCAAAUACCCAUAACAGUAGUAGCAGUAACACUAGUCUCUCUAGCCAAAAUUAUGAUGUGGAUGAUGAAGAUAACAAUCUAGAGGAACAACAAAAGAUGGCCACGCAAUAUAUUUUAAUGCGAUCCUGGGUAAGCCAGAAUACAGUGGAUGAAUUAAGUCAUUUACGUGAACCACCACCACAACAGAUGAGAUCCAACGGUGGAUUACGAAGUAACAGUAGCAAUAGUAGUAUCUCCAUGAAUCGUACAAGCUCUAUGUUCAGUAAUACAUCAAGAUUUAGUAAUGGAUCUAUGAAUUACCUUACAGAGAGUCGACCCACAAGUAUGGAUGAUGAUCUCAAACGACGUUCAAAUGGACAAUCUUUACGUCCAGCGACAAUACAUGAAGGUCUUUCAAAAGAGGAAAUAGAGAAUUUUCAUAUAAUAGAUAAUAAGCCUGUUGUGCCACCUCGACCUCCUAUUCCACCUCCUCCUCUUUCGACCUCUGUUUCAAAUGAUGAAUUUAAAACAGCCUUAGCACAACGAUUAGCCAAAGUGGAAAGAAAAUAAAAUAAAAUAAAAUAAAAACAAACAAACAAACAAACAAACAAACAAACUCAUUAGAAAUAAAUUUAUAUACUUCAAUGUGUACAUAUUUAAU